AUGUCAGGAAUGCGGACUUCGGUCGGAUGGCUCCUUCCAUUGACCUUUAACAUCCUUUACUAUACCGCUGUAGCCUUUGGAGUCUUUGGGUUUUAUUGGCUAUGCCUUGUAUUUUAUCGUCUCUUUUUGCAUCCCCUUAGAAAUGUCCCAGGGCCUAAGGUUGCAGCGGCUACUAGCUGGUAUGAGUUCUACCAGGACGUCAUUCUCGAUGGCCACUACAUCAAGGACUAUCCUCGACUUCACGAGAAAUAUGGUAAUGUCUACUCUACUGGUACCAAGUUUUUCAAGGAGCCUGCUAUGUUCAGAUUCGCCGGGGAGCUCGACGCCCUGCCAUUUAUCAUGGAUCCAGCCGCACGCAAAGUGCGCCGCGGCAUUGUCAACCCUAUGUUCUCACCCCGCGCCAUCAAAGACUUUUCGCCUCUGGCUCUACAGAUCAUCAAAGGUGCUCUUAAGAAGAUUGGAGACUCGUAUGAAACCGGGAAGCCUGUGAGCUUGAAACGACUUGAGUCAAACUUUGCUAUGGAUAUCGUUAUGAAGCUUUGCUUCGGAAAAGACAUGAACUGUACCCAAGGAAAAGAGGCACUCGUCGAUUCAAUGGUCGCUCUGGCCCAUAGCUUCAGUCUCAUCAAGCACUUCCCUAUGCUUGGAAAGGUCAUGCAGUCAGUUCCCACACAUGUUUUGGCCUAUAUCAUUCCAGGCUUAGUCGAAUUUCGCAACCAAUGUGCUCAAUGGGCCAACGAAGUGCGCGAGAGACAUCAGAAUGGUGUCUACGCUGAUGAAACUGGCCGUCAAACCGUCUUCGACGCCAUCCUCGACGCCGAGCCCGAUCGCUCAACUAAAGGACUGGUCGACGAAGCAUUUUCACUCGUCAUCGGUGGCACCGAGACUACUGUGACAACCAUUACCUAUGGAGUUUGGUGCAUUUUGAAGAAUCCCAACGUUGAGAAGAAGAUGCUGGAGGAACUCCGCACUGUUGAGACGAACAGUAAUGGGCUGAUGGAGUGUCAAAAUCUGAUGAACUUACCUUACCUGACUGCUGUGAUUCACGAGACUCUUCGCAUAUCCUCCCCAGCUCCUGGCAUCCUGACACGUCUUGUGCCAUCUGGAGGAACAAGAUAUGGGAACCACUUCCUCCCUGCAGAUGCCUCCAAGAAGAAUCUGAUUCCAUUCAGCAAAGGGCCGCGUAUGUGCGUGGGAUUGAACUUGUCUUACAUAGAAGCUUAUGUCUUCCUCGGGAACCUCAUUCGACGAUUCGACCUGAGCUUGCAUGACAAUACGCCUGAGCCACUGAAACUAAGAUGGAUGACCCUCGGCGAUUGA